GGGCGUGCUGGCUAGGAAGUGGGGUCAGAGGCCGAGCGGGGCAGAAGGCGUUCCUGCCACUGGCCUAGUCGCUAUGUAGUGGACGGGCAGGCGUCGUCCCGCAUGUUCUGGAACGUUCUUGGGCUCGACUAGGGCAGGAGCCCCAGGACUUCUAGUUGCCGGCUUCGGGUCCCUGCCGGCUGAGCGGAGUCGCCGCCAUGUUUGGCUGCUUGGUGGCAGGGAGGCUGGUGCAAACAGCUGCACAGCAAGUGGCAGAGGAUAAAUUUGUUUUUGACUUGCCUGAUUAUGAAAGUAUCAACCAUGUUGUGGUUUUUAUGCUGGGAACAAUCCCGUUUCCUGAGGGAAUGGGAGGAUCUGUCUACUUUUCCUACCCUGAUUCAAAUGGGAUGCCUGUGUGGCAACUCCUAGGAUUUGUCACAAAUGGGAAACCAAGUGCCAUCUUCAAAAUUUCAGGUCUUAAAUCUGGAGAAGGAAGCCAACACCCUUUUGGAGCCAUGAAUAUUGUCCGAACUCCAUCUGUUGCUCAGAUCGGAAUUUCAGUGGAAUUAUUGGACAGUUUGGCUCAGCAGACUCCAGUAGGCAGUGCUGCUGUAUCCUCAGUUGACUCAUUCACUCAGUUCACACAAAAGAUGUUGGACAACUUCUACAAUUUUGCUUCAUCAUUUGCUGUGUCUCAGGCCCAGAUGACACCAAGUCCAUCUGAAAUGUUCAUUCCAGCAAAUGUGGUUCUGAAAUGGUAUACUUUUCACUUUGAAUAUCCCAGUGGUGGGAUGCAUAAGGAGAAUUUGUUGAGCAGUGGUAGCAUGGUGUAGCAUGGAUAGCCCUGAAAGAAUAUUAAAUUUGCUGAAGACUGAGGAUGUUACAGACAGUGAUGUUUUAGUAGAAUGGAGAGUUGAAUUCACUAUUGAGGUAUAGCACAAUUAUAAGAUUAUUAUAAAUUAUUACUAUGAGACAACAAAGGUAUUAUGGACAGUGACAAUUUUCUAGGCCUGUAAUUUAUUCCACAAAGUAUAUAUUUUUUCAACACAGUUAUUGUAUCAGUCUUUCCAUAACCAUGAGUAUGUUUCUUUUUACCUGAAAUACAUACAGUCAUUUGCUUUGGUGUGAAUGUGUAUGUUCCCAUGAAAUUUAUAUGUUGAAAUUCUAAUGCCCAAUGUGAUGGCAUUAGGGCCUUUGGGAAGUGAUUAGGUCCUGAGAUUAAUGCCCUUAUAAAAAGGACCCUAAGAGAGUUCCUUUGCCCCAUCCACUAUAUGAGGAUACAAGGAAAAGUGUGAACCUGCAAGAGGGCCCUCACCUGACCACACUAGGCAACUUGAUCUUGGGCUUCCAGCCUCCAGAACUGUGAGAAAUAAAUUUUUGUUGAUUAUAAGCUA